AUGUGGGUGCGGGGGCCGUCAAUGACGCCCUUCCUGAACGAGGACUACGAAACCAUGCAUACGAAGAGCGACAUGGUGCUUGUGAACAUGUGGCCGUUCGGCGGGGCGGGGUGGCCCUGGGAGCGGAAACGGAGGUUGGAACGGGGGAUGAUUGUUACGUUUCGGUCGCCUGCUAAUCCUAAACAUACCGCCAUCAAGCGGGUGAUCGGUCUGCCCGGGGACCGGAUCACGACUCGAGAACCGUGUAUGAAGUCGUCGCAGAUUGUGCCGUUCAAUCAUGUCUGGUUGGAGGGUGACGCGGAGGAUCCGAAGAAGUCGCUGGAUAGUAAUACGUAUGGGCCUGUGAGCAUCAGUCUCAUCACGGGGCGAGUGAUUGCUGUGCUGAGGCCGCAGUUUAGGUGGCUCAAUUGGCGGGAUUGGGAGAAGGGGGUUGUUGAAGGUGAUGAGAACCAUAGGUUUGGGGAGAAUUAUCGCCAAGAUGUACGGCAACGGGUGUUGAAGGAGGCUGUCAAGUUGGAAAGACCCCAAAUAGAAUAG